UCUAGAAAUCAAUCCAAAGGGUGCGCAGUAGAUCCUAUAUCGGAGGGGCUAUAUAUUUAUAUACAUAUAUGUAUAUAUACAGUAAUCCGGGCCAAUGAAGGACCAGCUAACUCGCCCCAGAUCCAGAGACCAGAGUCCAGAUCUAGCAAAGCGAUCCUUCAGCCAAUAACGAUGACUCAGAACACGUUCCAGCAAAAUCAAAGACACGAAAAAGUUUCUUAAAUGAUUUCGGGAUGACUCGAACCUAAACGGGGUAAUUCAUGAUGAAAUGAAACGUCACCUUAGAAAGAUAUGUCAAGGGAGAAUAUGAACUGCCGCGUCUUCUGUUUAUUUAAAGGAUGCUAGAGCAUUAUUCUGGAUUCAAAUUAUUUGUUGUUAAGGGGUUAAUCUGGAUAUAGAGUUCUGGAUACGAAGUAGGACCACCCAAAGAUUAACCUUGACCUAGAUCCAGAAAUAUAAAAAAAAGGGAAUCUGAAGCCGGAUCGUAUUGCAAAUGCCCGGACUGGGCUGUUUUAACUGUUAUACAGACCUGGAUGUAUAUCGCAAACGUCGAGGGUGCAGUUUAUACAGAGACCCCCUAAUGUAUAGUCGGGUGUAAAAAGAAAGUCCCAAUUGCCAACCCGGAUUACUGUGACCAAGGAGAAGUUCGGAAUUACCACCAUGCCAGAUUCGACUCCCUUGUCACUUUUCUUGGAAGUUACUACGGAGAACCCACUGGGUUCGCCAUCCCCCAGCUUCAUCUCCAGGGUGCAGAAGUGCAGACAAGGCGUUAAUACCCUAGAGGAGAGUUUAGAAAAUGAUCUUCAGGUUCUGAGCAAGAUCCGGAAAAGUGUACGAUCCAUAUAUACUUCGGGGCUUUCUCACAUUGAUGCUCAGGAGGGGUAUAUGGAAGGCCUACAGUCUUUGGGUAGUAAUCAGCUUUCCUCCAACAACCAUGAACUAUCUACAGGCUUCCUUAACCUAUCUGUGCUCUCACGGGAGUUAAGUUCACUCUUCGGCAGAAUGAUACACAAUCUGAACAGCAUUCUGUCCUUCCCACUGGAUUCAUUAGUACGUGGGGAUUUAAGAGAUGGCCGAUCUGAAUUGAGGAAACAGACAGACAGAGGCUGGAAGGAGUACGAGAUAAAAGCGCUGAAGAAGACACGUUCAGGAGGGCCUCGCGCAGAUACAGAAACUGCUGAGGAAACCGACAGAGAACGGAAAGUGUUCCAGCUGCACUUGUGUGAGUAUCUUCUCAAAUUGGGCGAAACACAGGUGAAGCAGGGUCCUGAGUUCCUGAAAUGUCUGAUCAACUACUUCUAUGCCCAACGCAAUUUUUUUCAGGACGGAUUAAAUGCUGUACAGAGUCUCCUGCCAUUCAUAGAGAAAUUGUCAACAUCUCUCCAUACUAUUCACCAGACGCAGGAUGAGGAAUUAAAACAACUUUCAGAACUUCGAGAUAACCUCCAGAAACAGCUUCAGAUGGACAGUAAAGAGGAUGGGCUAAACAGGAAGGAUUCUGGCACUGGUUAUAGCUUGCACCAACACCAAGGUGACAAGCAGCAUGGUACGGAGAAAUCUGGGUUUUUAUACAAGAAGAGCGAAGGUAUUCGAAAGGUCUGGCAGAAAAGAAAAUGCGGAGUGAAAUAUGGAUACCUCACUAUAUCGCAUAGCACGAUCAACCGUCCUCCUGUUAAAAUCAAAUUACUUACAUGUCAAGUGCGGCCAAAUGCUGAGGACAAAAGGAGUUUUGACCUAAUCACACAUAACAGAACAUAUCACUUCCAGGCAGAGGAUGAAUUUGAAGCUGUGGUAUGGGUGUCUGUACUGCAGAAUAGUAAAGAUGAGUCCCUGAAUGCAGCAUUUGGGUGCGAUGGAGGUUCUAAUGAUGGUGCCCACCAGCUAACAAAGCAGAUCAUUAAUGAGAUUAGGUCCAUACCUGGAAAUCAAGUGUGCUGCGAUUGUGGAGCCCCGGAGCCCUCCUGGGUGUCUACAAAUUUAGGGAUUCUGAUCUGCAUUGAAUGCUCUGGGAUCCAUCGGGAUCUGGGUGUGCGACACUCCCGCGUCCAGUCAUUAACACUUGACCUGCUAAGUACCUCAGAACUCCUGCUUGCAGUUACUAUUGGAAACACCAAACUGAAUGAAGUCCUUGAGGCAUCUUUACCGAAUCCAAAUCCUAAACCUACUCCAACCAGUGACAUGUUCUCCAGGAAGGACUAUAUCACAGCUAAAUAUGUAGAGCGUAGCUUUGUUGCACGCGAGAGAAACAGUGUUCUCCAUGGAGUUCGUGAUGCGAUUCAGAGGCAAGAUCUGAUGGCUCUGCUACAUAGCAUGGCAAACGGUGCAGACCUAAGCAAACCAGUGCCCUUCCAUGAUAACCAGGAUUUUUGCGAGACUCCGCUACACCUUGCUGUACGGUUGUGCGAAAGGACAUCUCUCCCUCUGGUGGAUUUUAUUAUUCAAAAUGGGGGAAUUCUGGACAGAUCAACAACAGAUGGGCACACAGCUCUGCAUUAUGCUGUCAGAUACAACAAACCAGAUUGUGUACGGCUUCUUCUCAGAGCAAAGGCAUCUGUGACUGCAGUUAAUGGCGAUGGGUUAACCCCUUUGAUGCUGGCACAUAGUUUGAAGCACGCAGAAUGUGAGGCAUUGUUGGAGAGAGCAGUUUGUGGCACUUUUAAUUGUGAACUGGAUUUUGACUGGUUCCACCAAGAGGAGGAGGAAAGCAACAGUGAAGAUGAGGAUGGAGAGAAGCUGAACCCACUCUCAUCCUCCCAGAAUUUUAUGCUGCCCUCUCCUGUAAGGUUUCACCAUAAACAAGGAUCUACUGGGUUGGACAUCACCAACCGAACUUAUGAAACCAUUGUUGUGCCAUCAAGACCACCAGCUCCACAAAGAUCCUUUAGUGAGGGGCUCCCACCUCCACUACCUGCCAAAACACAUACACGCAAGCUUUUCCAUCAAACCUCUGUUAACGUGAGCCGUCCAGUUAGCGCUGUGUGCUACCCUUCCGUUGCAGAUGAAUGGGAUGGUGUUCCUGAAGCUGGGCUACAGCGUCGAGCAUCCGAACCCCCUCGUUAUACCACAGAACCAGCUCCUUCUCCUUCAAGGCAUAGCUUGGAGGGUGUGAAGUCCUACAGGAGGCUUAGGGGUGCCCCAGUGAGCCCCCCACACCUGGAGACCAACUAUCAAGCAAAGCCAACACUCCUUGGACCUGCUCCACCAAUGCCAUCUGCUCUGGAGAAUCUUACAGGGGGAGUACACCGGAGCAGGAACAUCCAGGAUGAAAAUCACCAACAUUUACCUAAUACUCAUUGAGCCCUCUCCAUGCAAGAAAAGAUAUGCCAAGUGUGAAAUGAAAAUUGCGCAUGUGCUUUUUUGGGUAUAUUUUCUCAUGCUUCCGAGGUCAUCAGAGUUGGCGAGAGGAAUUUUGACAUCUGCUACAUUUACUGAAUACCAAAUUGAAAACAUACCUGGUUUAAGUCUGGAGCAUGUUGUAAGAAUGGCCACAUUGAUGGCACCCAUGUACAUCUGUGAUCAAAGAGCCUUCUGUUAAGUUGAA